CAUCCGCGCGGCUGCAGUGAGGUUAGGGCCUGACCUAGGAGCCUUGGUGCAGGCAGUUCCAGACUGUCCUCCCAUGCACCUCAGCCUGAGCCUCGCCAUAGCCUUUAGGGACCCUUCAUUCGUCCCUGUGAUUUUGCUUUCUGGAAUUCAGCCCGGAGCCCAAGCAGGGUGUUUCCCCGUCUAAAAUGACAAAAUGAGCACGACCUAAUGUCUGGCAGGCCCUAGCCCAGGCUGGUCUGCCCAGCAGAAGCCGUGUGUCCGUGGCAAUAUCUACAGGACCACGACUGGCGGGGUUGGGGACUUUUAUUGUAUCCUGUCGCUCGAUCUCAUGGACAACACGCAACUAUGAACAGCGGACAGCAGCCAGGGGACCAAGAAAUGUCCUUUGCAAAGACGCGAAGGGCAGCUUUGCGGCUCCCAGGAGUCCGCGCGGCGCGACGUCAUCAGUGCGCGCCAGGAGCCGGAAAUAGUGGCUGCUGCCGCGGUAGUGGAGACACGUGUGGAGCUCUGGAACGGGCGCUCCGGUGAGCCUUGCUGCGUGGGUUCCUGACACUUGGCAGACAUUAACACCAUGAGCUUUGUGGCCUAUGAAGAGCUGAUCAAGGAGGGUGACACGGCCAUCCUAUCACUGGGUCAUGGUGCAAUGGUGGCGGUGCGCGUGCAGCGCGGGGCACAGACUCAGACCCGGCAUGGUGUCCUGCGGCACUCGGUGGACCUCAUUGGCCGUCCCUUCGGCUCCAAGGUGACCUGCAGCCGAGGUGGCUGGGUGUACGUGCUCCACCCCACACCAGAGCUCUGGACGCUGAACCUGCCACAUCGCACACAGAUCCUGUACUCCACCGACAUCGCCCUGCUCACCAUGAUGCUGGAGCUACGGCCUGGCUCCGUGGUCUGUGAGUCUGGCACUGGCAGCGGCUCUGUGUCCCAUGCGAUCAUCCGCAGCAUUGCCCCCACGGGCCAUCUGCACACCGUGGAGUUUCACCAGCAGCGGGCAGACAAGGCCCGGGAGGAGUUCCAGGAGCACCGCGUGGCCCGCUGGGUGACCGUGCGCACCCAGGAUGUGUGCCGCAGUGGCUUUGGAGUGAGCCAUGUGGCCGACGCUGUCUUCCUGGACAUCCCAUCACCCUGGGAGGCAGUGGGACACUCCUGGGACGCCCUCAAGGUUGAAGGCGGACGCUUCUGCUCCUUCUCACCAUGCAUCGAGCAGGUGCAGCGCACGUGCCAGGCGCUGGCCGCCCAUGGCUUCACAGAGCUGAGCACCCUGGAGGUGCUGCCACAGGUCUACAAUGUGCGCACUGUCAGCCUGCCCCUGCCUGACCUGGGAGAUGGUGCAGGCACCCCUGCAGGGCCGGACGCCAGCCCUUUCCGCAGUGGUACGCCCAUGAAGGAAACUGUGGGCCACACAGGCUACCUGACCUUCGCCACCAAGACUCCAGACUAGCAAACCUGGGAGCAGCGCGGGGCAGGAGGGAGCCAGGCUGCCUUACAUGGUCAGGGGACUCUGCAAGGCUGGGCUUGGAAACUAACGUGGGGCAGGGCUUAGGGCCUCCUGGGUGGCCCUGAUGAGGCGCGCUGGCUGCUCCUGUCCUCAGGGAAGGAGCCUCCCACCCACAUCACUGCCGAGCUCUGGCUCGGGCCCAUGCUGUCUGUUGCCAACAUGAAGCCCACGAUGCUGCAGCCUCUCGUAGGUGCUGAGGCCUGGGAUGCAGUUGGGGUAGCAAUGGCUGACCCCGUUCCUGUGGCCCCUGCAGGCAGGUGGUACAGAACGCUUGGCCACUGCUCCAGGCCUGUGCUUCUCAACUGGGGCUGGGGCUUGGCGAGAAGCCCAGGGAUGCUGACUUGGAGACCCUCGUGCUGGCAAAGGGACCCCGCCACCUGACCCCCAGGCUGGGCCCACAGCCUUGGAUGCUGUGCAGGCUGUGUGUAGGCUGCACCCAGGCCUUGGGAAUCUUCCCAUGACCCAGUGGCGGGGGCACCUGCUGCCCUUCGGAGCCCCCAUUGUGUUAUCAGGAAAACCCCAUAGCGUUGCAAUGACUGAGUGGGUCCAUGUCCCAGCCAGUGUCACUCCAAACUUAGGUCCCUUUGCUUCUUAUGGGAUCCCUGUGUCCCUCCUCCACAGAUAACGGCAUUGAGCAGGGGACAGUACCUCCCAUAGAUGGACCUUUGUCCCCACCUCUUGUAGGCUGAGUGAACAUUCCCAAGGUGAGGGACAUAGAGGCCAGGAUCCAGGGCUGGGCAUGAGUGGACUCCCUGCUGCAUGGCCCUGGGCCUGAUUGCCUGUGUAUGGUCAGCACUCAGGUACUAUGUCCCCAAGUCAUGGACUGGCUCCCGGGUGUGCCUGAUGGAACAAUAAAUGUGCUGCCCACUGCA